ACCUUUUGCCACACCACGACGUGGAACAGCUCUCGCUGAACGCAGCUUUCUCUGGCCUAGUCUCCUCCUGGUUGCACUCUGCCUUCACCCUACAAUCCGCGCAUCGUGUCCGGAACCAUCAACAGUUGCAGCGUCAUCGUCUCAAAGGAGGGCGAGACUUCUACAACGAUCAACUAACCCGCCCUACAUCCCAGCGAGAAAGGAGCCAUGGCAGAACCUGCCGCUGUCUCCGCCAGUGCAACGGAGGGCGAGACUGGACCGGGUUACACGCGAGUAGACAUUCCCUUCGUCAUCGACAGGAUCCUGGUGACGGACGCGGAGCUGAUUCGGAAAAUCGCCGACCACCCGGACGUGGACCGGGUUCACGGGGUUCCCACGAAGGAGAAACCGUGGUGGAUAAACGCCUACUUUCCAGCGACCCGGUUCAUUGACCGGCAGGACGAAAUGUUUGUUCCCCUUACGUCGACCUCCGACCCCAACUACGAGCACCGCCGAACCUACAUCGAAGAAAUGGUCAAGGACGGCGUCGCCGAGGAGGACGUGAAGAAGAUCGCGAACCUGAUGCACACGGGGGCCCCGCAGGAUGAGCUGGAGAGGGCCGUGGUAAACGGAGUCAAUCGUCGCUUCUUCGGCCGGGAUAUUCCCGCCGACAUCGUCGAGCACGCUAGCAAGACGGCCAACACAAUCGGAGACGCGCUCUCGUCCGGGUACUUCCCGGCCCUACGGCACCAGGGGAAGGUGAUGGACUUCAUCGAGCAGAACAACGAGCUCCACGAGGGCUGUCCCGUCGCGGAUUUCUCCCACCACAUCGGGGCGGCGGCGCAGCUGCUGACCCCGUCUUGCCAGUACCUCCACAAGGAGAAGGACCGCUCCAGGACCAUCCUAGACAUAUUCACGCAGAGCGACAUGCCGAUGACCGUCGCCACCCCGCGGAUCGCCAUCAAGGACAGCACCCUCGGGGGCCUGCUGAAAAAGCCUGCCAAGGCGAAAUGGACGGUUUUCAUCCUGAACAUCCGGCAGGCCGCCGCCGAGACUAAGGACUCCCUGUUCACCUUCGGCGCUGGCGUGGACAAGAGGCAGUGCGCCUUCCGCUUCGCCUUCCAGAAGCUCAUGGCCGACCUGCAGACCGAGCUAGCUCGGCUCGAGACUACAGACGCCGCGGAAGGUGCUGCUGCCGCCGACACCUCCCAGACGGGGUAAUCAAGUAUCCCGGCAACGCAACAGUGGGAGAGUAGACAAGAGGGAUGCUCCUGCCCUCUUGUUAUUUUGUUGUUCGUUCUCCUGGUUGUACAUUCAAAGCGUGAUGGCGUGUACCGAUGUCAUCGCGGAAACUGCCGCUGCUGCUGCUGCUGCUGCUGCCGACACCGCGCAGACGGCGCCAAUCAAGCAACCAAAACACGAUGACGGGGGUGGUCUAAUCAAACAAACAAACAACACAACAACCCGGCAACACAACAAGGAGAGUAGACUAGACUAGCACUUCGUAGAUGAUGGCUGUGCUCCACUUGGCCAAUUUUUUAUCCUUUGUUCGUCUUCCUGUCCUGUGGUAUGUAGUCUAAGCGUAGUGGCGCGUGCUGACUUCUAUUGCUGGUGACACUCUCGCCGCCUUGGUGCCGUUCUUGGAAUAAUUACUAUAAUCUAGGGUUUCCCCCCGGGAUUUCCUGUGAUGCCGUUGACAAUCCGGUCCAGUUCAUCCUGUAGCGAAUUCCCUGUAAGCUCAGUUGCUGUAGAGAAGAUCCUGUCCAGAGUCCGGCCGCAUCGUAUCGGUUCGACCCGGUGCGAACCCCGUUUUCGUAGAAAAAUCAUUUUUUAUCGGGAAAUUUUCUGGAAACCCUACUUUCAGCGCGAGCGGCGGUGUGAGCAUGUCACCGCCGUGGUUGUGGUAUUGUUGAGUAGCAGCUCGCUGUAGCAGAGCGCUUACAGCCAUGGCGCGACAAGCACGAGUGAGGAUGGCAGCCGGGCGGUACGCGGAGUGCAUAAAACUCACCACGAUCGUGCGUUAGUGGGUGAGGAAGAGACCUAUUUCUCGUGCUUGGGAUGUACAGCGUGCUGCGGGCGUGGCAUAUGUACGAGCGCGCCACGCGGGGCCUAGCGUGCCACACUCCACCACACUCUACAACGAAUUUCCUCCGACGCUGUUAGCAACGAACUCCUCUCCUCCUUUGGUCUUGGCCCCCUGCAGAUUUUUUUGCCUUUGUGGUGUGCUGUUGGAACUGGUGUCGGUUUGUCCCUCUGCUACCUUCAUCCUACCGGAAAUUUUGAGAGCCUGACCAAAAUAAUCUUGUCCCCAAACAAAAACUUCCGGUGCUAAGAAAAAUAAGAAAAACUUCCGGUGCACAUAUUCCUGCUACAAGUUACCGCUACCGGACAAACGACCGCCUACCGGAAGUUUCUAGCCCAUAGGGGAACCCCCUAAUUAGCGUGGUUGGCUCGUGAUCGCGGUCGAUAGGAAGCUUUUGGUGCAUGCAGGAGGGUCGGGCAAAGGUCUCGCUAUUGAGAAGUCGAUCCGACGCCCUCCGUCUCAUGAUAUCUCUCUUCGAGUUUUUUGGGAGGAGAGAAAGGGCGUGUGCGUUCUUACUCAUUAUGCGGCAGCCUUCCAAUGGGCGUAAACCCUUCCUCCCCGUGAUGUUUGGUCUCGUGGCACCGCCGGAAAUACAAUGAAUGUUGUUGUCGUGAUCGAUCCGGAUCGUCGGGAAAGGGACUGUCGUGUCGUGAUAUUUGGAGGGGGCCCCAAAGGUGAUUGUUGUGAAGAGGUGCGAAGAAGUUUCAAUGUUGAUAAUUCGACCUGCUCCCAUCUCUUUGGGACGAGGGCAGUUAAAUUUGUCUUGUCUUGACGCCGCAGCCUUCCAACCAGUCCUCUGGGGUCUCGUGCACAUCGCAAGUUAGAGUCCCCAUCUGUCCUUUUUUUGGGGGGGGGUCAUCAUCCAUGCCUUGGCCUUUACAGAUCGUGGGGAGCACUUUUGUAUUGUAUCAAGGGAAACUUUUCUUGCAAUGGCUUCGGUGAAGUUCCUGUGAUUUGUCACUUUCGUUGUUCGGGGGGGGGGGCGCAGACGUCAAAAUCUUUUUCCCCCAGGGGGGGGGAGGGUAGUUGACCGGUGUCGAGGCAGGGCCCAGCACUGCGCGCACAUCUCCCUGUUGGGAAGCUGACGCGUUCGGGCCGCCCACCCUCACCAAAUUCAAUUGGCUUUAUUGUUCUGGUUGGCGUGCAUAUCAGCCAGCUCAGCACUUUCCUGUCCUCUGCGCGUGUCUUCUUUUCGUGACUGUCACACACGAAUCACUGUCCGCGCGGUUGGGUCGCGUAUCGUCGAUAUUUUCUUGCAGCAGGGUGCUGCUCCAUCAGCCAAUGGUUGGUUGUGGUGCUACGGGUGUGACAGCCGGUUGAGAGGCAGGACCUGAAUUUCUGAAGGCGACAGUAGGCUUAUCCUUAGAUUUGCCCGAAAAAUUUUGAAAUAUGGCAACGCUAUGAAUUCGCUGUGCGUACUCUACAUCCCAGACUCUCUUAUCUGUUGAGAGAGACGAGUUCAUUUCUUUCUUUGGGAAAAAACAGAUUUUGGUGAGAAACACACCUUCUUUUUAGGAAACCAUAACACAGACACAGAAAGACUACCCAUUCGAGACAAGACUACAGUCGAAUGGGAUGUAUUGGAGUCUUCACAUAAAACAGCGAGCGGUGGAUCCUGCGGGACGGGUGCGAUGGCGGAUGCGUGGCUAGGAAAUAUGCUCGAUACGCCUCCACCAAAUGGCAUCGCGUAGCUGUUGUUUGGCGCGGGUGGUCCCUGAGAUUGUCCGGCGUGGACGCAUCCUGUCCAAAACGCCAGUCACUGUAAUUGGUUCAGGUCGUGUUGUGCCUCUAGAACGAUCGGCCACGCAGCAAGGCAUUUGUAGGGCACGGAAGUACUCUGCGCGUGCGGGUAGAUGAUGGUCGCAUGAAGCUCCGAACGGAAGGGCGGGGAUGGAAAUGCGAGCAGUAGUGCCGAUAAUGGGGGUUAUGUAGCUACGUGAGUGAUCAUGAGUGAACUCGGGAAGGAAACGUCACUCGAAUCCACACGGGUGGGUGUGACUUCCUUUUUGUCCCUCCCCGCCGUGCUCCCCC